GCAGACCAGACAGCACACGCGGUCUGCCAAGUUAGUGUUGUUUUUGAAACAAAUUUUGUAUAUUCCUUGUGGUAGCAGAUUUGGUUUACCAGAAACGGAUUGCGAUAAGAUAUAAAUUGGAUCGAGUGCCUAAUUUCACUUCAUAGUUUUGCCAACAUGGCUACAUCUUUGGCUGCUCAGCUCCAAAAGCUCCGAGCACCUCAAACUUCUAUUCUUCAUCAAGACAAGAAAAGAGCAUCUCUCCUCUUCGAUCCGAAGGAAGCAUCUAAUUAUGAUCGUCAAACUAUCUAUGAACUGGGAGUUGCGGGCCUGGAGGAACUUAAAACACUAAACGCCAGGUUUUCAGAGUUUGAAUCUUCACUCUUUGAUGUGUCUUCUCUUUCAUUUGAACGUGCCGUUCAAUCUAAGGAGGCAAAUAGAAAACUUGAUAAAAGUAUCAGAAAAUUUUUCUAUCUUUUAUCUCCAUAUUUCUUAUUGAAGCCUGCCCACAAAUCUUUAGAAUGGCUUGUUCAAAGGUUCCAUGUUCAUGAGUACAAUAUUGAUGACCUCCUUAUGCUGGCACUUCCUUAUCAUGAGUCACGCAUUUUCAUCCGAGUUGUGCAGCUGGUGGAUGUUUCUUCUGAGACUAGUCGUUGGCACUGGUUGCUGUCAAUGCAGAAGAAAGGGAUACCCCUGAGUAAAAGGACUCUAUUGAACCACAUUUCAACAGCUACACAUUUUCUUCGUUUACUAUGUGAUACAACAGUGGGUGCUGUAAAGGAACAUGGAGCAUAUGCUGGUGUUUUGUCAACUUUAUUUGGGUUCUACAGCACCACUAUACUGGGGAUGUUUGAAAGAGGCCGACGUGGUGCUACAGAACUUCAAAUGGCCACUAUUAUUGAUGCCUUACAACGUGGUCUGGGGUCACCCGUCCUCGAUUUUGCUGCUGCUUCAUACAUCAUAUUGGGCCGUCUUGUUGCCACAACUUCACUUGCAACUGAUGUUCUUGAGCGACUUGUCGACAGAAUCACAAAGGCAAAUCACAUUGAACUUCAAUUAGAAAAGGCAAUGCUGCUUGUACUCAUAUACCAAAGUCAAAAGCAAAAUGUGACAAAUAUCCCAUUUCAAUCUUUAACACGUCUUGCAUCAGAUAAAGGCACCGCUGCCACUUUUGGUCAGUUAAUAUCAAAAGGUUAUGAUGUCGUGCCAUUCCUUGUGCCUUUAAUGCGAGAUGCCAUUGAAGUCAUUAAGACUCAAAUUGUUGGUUGUACGGCCAAUUUGAAAAUUUUGGUUGAGAAUGUGUUGAAUGAGGUACAUUUCACAGAGAGUGGAGCAGAAUCUGUUGUCAGAAUGUUUAUUGAAUCAUAUGAUGUUUCUGCUUUAGAAGAGGCAACAGUACCUCUGGUAGCCACUAGUAAAAUCAAUAGCGCUGAAGAAGUUACUCAGUGGUAUGCAAAAAUGCUGAAUCAAUUGGAGAGAUCAUACCCCACUGUUUUUGACAAGGCAGUUGGUAGAGCAUUGAAGGGGCUUGGUGUUGCUCCAUCUGCAGCUGCCAAUUUGAAACGAAUGCUUGGUUUUGAGCUUCAAUUAGACUUGUUUGAUAAACUGCAUCACCAUAAGAGUGAAGUUCGAGCAGAGGCUUUGAUGUGUCUUUCUAAACAAUAUACAAGCCUUAAGGAAAAAGAUGAACAGACUUUGAAAGACUCUCUGUUUGACUUGCUGGGUGAUGACAAUCCUAGUGUUGUGUUAGCAUCUUUGUCAUUUCCUGCAAAAGUACUCCAGAGGAUACUUUCCCCUUCAACACUUAAUUCAAGACUUGUCAGAAUUCUUCAAAAUCGCAUUCCAAAAGAAAAUUCUGAUAGUAAAUGGGUUCAGGUCAUCCAAAGAGUUAUCUCAACCUUGACUGAAGCUGAUAUAGAAGAUCCUAUCCAAGAAACAGAAAGCUUGAUUGCCCUUAUGCCCCACAUGUUGUUAAAUGGAAAUUGCUUGAAAUGGGUCCUGAAAUCGUCCUUUGGAUCUCGAAAUAGCUUCUUAAAAAUGUUGAAAUCAGGAGGCAAGCAGGCAACAGAGGGAGCAUUGCUUCAGAUGAUUUCCAAUGCGAGUGGAGUUUCCCCCAUCCAAUCUGUCCUGAACUAUGGCGAGAAGUUUUUAAAGGAACGGUCAAAUCCAAAAGAGUUGCUGGAACAACAGUUUUGCCUUCUCCUCUUGCUUGGUGCAAGCUUGCCACAAGGUUUAUCUACAGAACAAAGCUUGCAAGCCCUCCAGUUGGCAGUCCGGCUUAUGGAAGGACAUGAGGUUGCUGUAGGUGUUGGAAAUCUCCUAUCCAUCCAUAGUCUCAGUCAUUGUCUGUCCCGUUGUGCAGAAGGCUAUUUACCUGUAGAAGGGUAUCUGCAUGUUGUUAAAAAAAUAAUUGUGCUAACAAAGCUUAAUAUAUCAUUUGAUAAUGGACUAUGGCUUGACAUGGAGGGACAGUCUCCUGCAGUUAUGCUAUUGGUUCAGAUUUACUGUGUGCUCUCUGAGGGAUGUGCCUCAGAAAACAGUGAAGUUCAGUCCGCGUAUGUCUCCACUCUUCAAUUGUUUUUCAAGACUCACUUCAAUUCAAAUCAAAAGCAGGUGGAAUUCCUUGCCAAUUUCUGGUCUAGCCACAGAGUGGUUAAUUGUUCCACAACUAAUCGCAAGGGGCCAUCUCUAGAAAUUCAAGUACGCUCUUUGCGUUUGGGAGCUAUUCUUCUGAGUAAAUCCAAGAAUACUCAAUGGGUUGGAAAUCUGAACUCAGGCAAUAUUGUCUUGCCUUCUCUGUUGAUCUCCUUGUGCUGUCCCACACAUUCAGUUCGUAAAGCCGCCAUAAAGCUUGUGCGAGUUUUAGGGAACUGUGUUGCUGGGCAGGAAUCCUAUGGCUUCUUAAUCCAACAAAUUAUAGGUUCCAUUCCAGAAAUAACUCUUGAUUCAGAGCAGCUGCAGUUGGUUCUUUAUACAUCCCUCUCACCAGACCCUAUUGUACAAAAAAUGUUACCUAAGGGUGUUAGUUCUAAAACUGCUUCUGAAGUGUUAAAUGGCCUUCUUGAAAUCGUAUUAUCCAAAACAACUCCUCCAUAUAUUUCAGCAGGACUCCUUCAUGUUUUAACAUCAGUAAAUUCAGAGGAUAUUUUAAGGAAGCUCUUACCACUGUUGGAUGAAAUUUUGACCAAGUGCAAAGGUUUACCAUCUUUAACCACACACUUUUCCACUAUUUUGUGCAAUGUCUCUGGCCGUCUGGAUGCCAGCACAGCACAUUUAUUUAAGUCAGAUUCUUUGUGGACUGUAAUAACAGAGCUAUUGGCCAACUGGCGCACUGUUGUUUUGAUUGGCGAAGAUAGGAGGUCCUGUCCUGCAGAAAUUGCUUGCAGUCAGGUGACUAGAGAGCUGUGGGAUGCUUUACCCAAGCCUCAGGCCCCUAUACAGCAAAAGUUGUUAACUUUAUUAAUAUCUGCUGGUACAGAGUCAGAAAAUCCUCUCGUUCUAUCAGCGGUCGGAAAAUGUGUCAAGCAGUUGUCAAUUGAUGCCUCCAUUGUAGUAGCUGAAUUGAACAAAAUGAAGGAGGCGACUGUGGCUCCAACCAAUGCUACCCAGAAAAGGCGACGUAGUGUUGUUGCCCCUCCCUCUCCACAAAUACUGGAAAUGAAAGAGUGGCGAUGUGGAAUCACCCUCUUAGAAUUGCUGCAGAACAAGAAAAAAUUGGCUAAUGUUCAGCUCUUACUUCCUGUUCUGUUUGAUUUAUUGCACAAGUGUCUUUAUUUUGAGGAGCAGGCUCCUGUGGAGUACACAAAACAACUGUUACUCUCGUGUAUACUGCAUUGCUGUCAAAAGUUGUCACCUGAUGGAAAACCGAUAUCGACAGACAUUGUACCUACCCAAGUUCUUGAUGUUGAGGCUGUUGUCCACUGUGUUAGAGGCACUCAAAACCCUCAAACUCAUCAUCACGCUCUGCUCCUCCUGGCUCACAUGGCAGCAUUGGUACCAGAGCAGGUGUUGCUCAACAUAAUGGCCAUUUUCACUUUCAUGGGAUCUCUAGUCCUUCGCCAGGAUGAUGCAUAUAGUUUCCAAAUUAUUACUAAAAUAGUAGACACUAUCAUCCCGAUUCUCAUCAAGGCUAGUAACAGUGGCUCAUUGUCUAACAGUGCAGCCUUACAUCUGGACACCACAAUCGCAUCAGUCAUGCGAGUAUUUGUUGACGCCUUGCUCGACAUUCCAGAGCACAGGCGCUUGUCUCUUUUCCACCGGCUGCUCACUACAUUGGACCCUCAACAAUACCUGUGGUUGUUCCUGUGUCUUGUCAUGGAAAGUCACGCUGUGCAUCAUUCAGAAUCAGCCAAUGAUAACAACAAGAAAACAAGAGGGGCUGUUGAAGCCCCAAAACGAAUUGAAGUGGCUCUGCAAAUUGUCACACAGUUUACUCCAGUUACUAUUCUAUCUAAUUGUGUCAGGCUUCUACAAUAUAUGCUAUGCCUACCAGUUGAACCAGGCGCUGAACACAGGAAACCUCUUUACAAGAAGUCACCUGCUGUUGAAAAUUUGGAGAAGUUCAAAGUGAAAUCUUUGUUUGAUGUAAACAAUCACACUCCCAAGCAGCUUCGUCAUUACAAAUAUACUAUUGUAACUUUCCUGUCAGCCUUGCUGUCUUCCCUACCAUUUGUGAAUCAGAUUACAAGCCUAGAUGAUGAAGGUACCGAUGGAUUAGUGUCAGUAUACAUGGAAUUUCUAGAGGUACUUUUAGCCUUAAUCCAAGUCUUUUCUCGACAAUCUGAAUUGUCCAAUGGAUCUCCUUCAUUCAAAUAUUGGAGAGUUAUGUUAGCACAAGCAUAUGACAUCCUUGACAAGGUCAAUGCCCUGUUGCCCAGUAAGCUUUUCCUCAACAUUGUUGGUGGCCUCAUGACAAAUGAAAUGCCUUCUCUGAGACGAAAGGCGAUGGAAUUGUUAAACAGUCGCCUGUCAUCUAGCCAACGAGAAGCAUUUAUUUCAUCCUGUGAUAGCCAGGAGAUAUUAGCUUUACUGAAUCCAUUAGUGAAUGUUGUCUCAUCAAUUGAUGCUCUUCAAACAAGUGAACUCAAUGAGGAGGUCUUUUUGAAUCAACAGACUGCUUUGUUAUCUAUAAAAUACCUAGCCAAAUAUCUUGCAUAUGAAAACUACAGUAGAUUCAAACCACUUUUAGAACAUAUGACAUCCCUCAUACACAAGGGGCAGAUGAAAAAUAGCAAUCUUUUAGCCAGUGUUGUACUGUGUGCUGCUGAGCUGUGCAGCUCUCUCCGGGCUCAUGCUAUUUCUUCGCUGCCUCUGCUCAUGCCUGCAUUUAUCAAGCUGCUGGCCUCAGAAAUAACUGAGGUUCCUGAAGUGGUCCAAGUGAGUUUGGCAGCAUCCAUGUUCAGAAUAGUGGAGAGCCUUGCGCCCUUCAUUAGUCCAUACCUCCAUCCUCUACUGGUGGAGCUUUGCGCACUGUCAGCGUCUCAUUUCAAGGACGAUGAAGAGCAGGGCCGAGUGGCUCAAAUUUCCGUCAGACUGAAGAGUACUAGACAGAAAAUUGCGUCCUCUAUACCUACACGUGUAUUGGUGCCGGCUGUGGAAGGUGCUUACAAGGAUCUAGUCUCACGGAAGCAGCUGGAUGGUAUAGCCCCCUUAAUGACUGUGCUGGCUGAAAGUUUUGCUGGACUUGUUAGUGCAGAUUUGGUUGCACUGCAGAGCACUCUUACUGACUUUUUCCUAAGUGCUCUUCAGUUCCGAUCUGUAUGUGGUCCUGACGUAUCUUCUGAUCAAGUUGAAGACGUAGAAAGCAAUGUUAUAAAGGCCCUUGUAGCUUUUGUUUUAAAAUUAUCUGAAACAUCAUUCAGACCCUUGUAUAUGAAAUUCUUUGACUGGGCCACACGCCUUAAGGAGGACAAAGAGCGAACCAUCACAUUCUACAAGUUAUCUUUUGGUUUUGCUCAGUGCCUUAAGGGACUUUAUGUGUCAUUUGCUGCUCAUUUCCUGAAAAACGCUGCUGUAUUGCUGGACCACUGCAACGUUUCCAAAAUUGGGGAAAAAGAGGAUGAGGAUAUGGUAUCUCAGGAAGCAAAAGGCUCUCGAUACGAAGAGCUAUACUUUGGCAGUGGGCCCAUGGCAGAAGAGAAGUCUUCAUUGUUAGUGACUGCUAUUUUAAAGACUUUGCACUGUGUAUUCUUGUAUGACUCUCAGAAUUUCUUAAGCAAUGAAAGAUUUGAAACAUUAAUGCAGCCCAUUGUAGACCAGCUGGAAAAUACUUUGGGUGGAGAGGCAGGACUAAGGCAGCGUGCAACUGAAAUAGUUGUUCCAUGUGUGACACAAAUGGCCCUUGCAUGUUCUGAUGAUACACUUUGGAAACAGCUUAAUUAUCAGAUCUUGAUCAAAACUAGAAAUUCCAACCCAAUGGUACGCUUGGUGUCUCUUGAAGCUGUAUGUGGUGUAGCUCGGAAACUGGGUGAAGGUUUCCUCCCAUUGCUGCCUGAGACAGUUCCCUUCUUGGCCGAAUUAUUGGAAGACGAAGAGGAAUCCAUUGAAACCGCAUGUAGAAGAGCUGUUCAAGACCUGGAACAAGUGUUGGGGGAACCUAUUCAGAAAUACUUUUAAGAUAGUAGAAAAAUAUAUUUCUAUGAAAAUGAACUAAUAAACGAACAAUAAGCAGAA